GAAAAAAGAUUUGCCUUCAUAUUCAUGGAGUGUUUCCUUACUUAUACAUUCCAUAUGAUGGACAUGGGAAGCCUGAAGAUAUUAUGCGCCAAAUAGCUAGAGGGCUGGAUAAAGCCAUUAAUAUAUCUUUCAAUCAGGCCAAUUCCAACGCGCAGCAUGUAUAUAAAAUAUCUUUAGUAUCUGGCAUACCUAUGUAUGGAUACCACGUAAAAAAGCAUCAAUUUUUCAAAAUAUAUCUUUAUAAUCCCAAACUGAUUGGAAAAGUGGGCACUCUCUUGCUGAACAAGGCCAUAUUGGGGCAAAUCUUUCAACCUCAUGAGGUUCACCUCAAUUUUACUCUUCAGUUUAUGAUAGAUUAUAAUCUUCAUGGAAUGAGCAAUUUGUUGCUAUCGAAUAUGAGGUACAGGCUGGAUCCCGAUAAGCCGUACCAUGAUAUCGAUAUUGAAUGGUUUUUACCACCAUCGAUAGAGAAAAUAUCUUCAUGCGAAUUAGAGGCCGAUAUUCUGGCGGAAAACAUUCUGAACAGGCAAGAAAUUCUGAGCGGAAAUUUGGCGAUUAACCCUGGAAUUGCUGCAAUAUGGGACGAUGAAAAGCAGCGACGUAGAAAUAAGAAUCAAUCCUCACAAUUGGGGGAUUAUUUGGAGUUGAAAAAUACGGCAUCAGCACCAUCCAAAACACAUUUAAUUUUUCAGCAAGCUCUUAAGGAAAGAUUGGCAGCAGCCUCAACUGAUAUCGAAGUUUCGAAGCAAAAUUCUGAUACAUCAAUAUAUCCAGCAGAAUGUCCGAAAGUUGCAGACAUUCAAAACGCUUCUUCUGUGGACAUUCAUUAUCCUUCUUCGCUUGAAUUAUCACUUGAUGAAACGCUAAAUUUAUCGAGCAGUCAAGACCUUGAUAAAACCUUAACUCCAUCCGAUGUGACUUUGAAUACGGACGUACAAGACGUCUUACAUCUAUUAGAACAAUUGGCUGAUGAAAAAGUGAGUGGUGCUGAGGAAGAUAUGAGCAUAUUAUCUCAAGUCCUUGCGGAGGAACCUGUUGACGAAGCGGCCGAUUUACUUGAUCUUAGUAUGCCGUUCGAUGCACUUACUACGCCUAUAAAAAAAAUUGCCCUUGCGGACACCCAUAGCAAUGCCAACGAUAUCAAAUAUUUUAACACCACUCCGAUUCCUCAAAUCGAUGGUCAAGUAGAGGACUUGAAUGCAGCUGAUACAUUCGAAGGCUCAAACGUUCAGAAUCUUCAUACAGAAGACUAUUGUUCAACGCACUCGCCUACUUGGGAAAAAGAUACAGGAAUAAUUAGAUCUGGACUAUACAGAUUGGAGGAGCAAACGUUUAGAAGUGAUAUGCGGUCUAAAAACACGCAGGUGAAAGUAAUGCGAAGAAAUUUUAAUGUAGGCAACAGUACGACAUUAAAUAUUUUAAAGACAAGCUCCAAAACGAAAGUGAAGAUCGUGCCAAGUAGGCAAUGGUUGAUAGUUAAUGGUUUGUUAAAAUCUGAAGUGCGAUGGCCGAUAGCUUCAAAUAUAUACAUCAAUUGUGAUGGUGCAAUGGAUUCAAGCUCAGAAGACGAAGAAAAAAUAACUUUGGCGAAAGUUGCGAAAGGAAAAAGCGAGCCAACUUAUGCUCCUUUAGGAAUUCAACUUGUUAGAUCGCCUAGUGUUUAUUCGAGCAACGAAAAAGAUCUUCCUCAUGCUAGCGGCGACUUUUCCAGGGACUGCAACAUAAAUGAAGAUCAAAUGCCUAGCACAUCUAGUCAUUUUCAACAAGCUGAAUUGCAUCAUAAGCGAAGACUGUUUCUUUCAUCUGAUAAUAGUUCAAAUCGUGCAGACACUGAGGCAUUUUUGUCGUCCCGGUUAUCUGCUUUGAAAUCAAAUCGCAAAAGUAAAACCUCACAAAUCACUUAUCCGGAUUAUGCUGCAAACUCUAGCGAUUCCGAUAUAUUUUCUGAUAAUUGCGAUUUGGAACCAUCGAUGCCGAGGCGGCAAUGCGAACUAAAAAAUGAAAAUGCUGACCCUUUAGACUGUGAUAAAUCGAAGCAAGCCUGCCCAUAUUCAUCUUCGAACCCAACAUUCAGCCUAGCAAACAGUGAUCUGGAAAUCAAAUAUUUAGACAAGCUGCAUCAAGUGCACAUGUCCGAACAAAACUCUAUUAGCGGUUCAUAUAAACCUUUAAUGAAGGCACCAACUAAGUCCGAAGUAGAAUCUUCUCUAGAUGUUUAUAAAUUUCCCCAUGAACAAACAAAAGAACCCUUCUAUAGCAAUGUAGACGAUUAUACCGGUCCUGUGGAGAUCGGCCAUAAAGUUCUACGGAUAUCCAGUAGUACCACGGCCCAUCUGGCUGAUUUUACUUCGAACAAUGCGCUUGAUAAUCACCGAAAAAUGUUUAUGGAAAAUGUGGCUAACCUUACGCACAAUUCCAGUAACAUAUGUAUUUUAAAAUUGGCACAUUGCAGAAGCAAGACGCUGACUUUACGCCCGGUCAAAAAACCACCAACGGUAAGUGUCGUUGAAGAAUGGAUAAAAUCAAACUCAACUUCCCACCAUCAGGAACCAACAUGUUCGUUGGAGGAGACAAAUGAAAUGCGCUCCAAAUUGUAUGUUUCUGAUAGCCCUGGGGAUGAAUCUAUUUUCGAUGCGUCUCUAUCACUAACGCCUGAUUCUUUGCCUCAAACUGAUCAUUGCAGUCAAGCAAUUGUCGGCUCAAUUGUUAAUAAUGAUAGAAAAAUCGGGCAAUUGAAUGAUUUGCAAAUUCCAGAAGAUAAAUCCAACACGUCGUGUCAAAUAUCCGGCCAGACACUGCAAAAUUCGUUUGGUUUUGAUAAAUCUGUACAAGACUUGCAGGCUGCUAGAGCUACGGUAGAACCUCAGUUCUUAACAACUAUGGUUAUGGAGUUGCAUAUCCGAACUCGUGGAGAUCUUCGACCUGAUCCACAACUGGAUACUGUUUGCGCUAUUUUCUACUCUAUUUUUAAUGAUGUGCCGAAUGCCGACAGAUCUAAAGCGAGUGGUGUAAUUGCUGUUAACUGCCUCCCAGUAGAGUUUGGGGCUGCGAGACCCGAUUUUCUAUAUGGUAUUGGAACCGACUGUGAUAUUGCUUACGUGGAGUCUGAAGAAGCCCUGAUAUACAAGUUCGUAAAUUUAGUGAAGAAAUGGGAUCCAGACGUUUUAGCAGGAUACGAAAUAGAAAUGUUAUCUUGGGGUUACAUAGUGGAAAGAGCAGCUGUACUGUCAAUCAACCUUCUACCAUUGCUUGGUAGAAGUCAGCUGCAUAAGUUUGGAAAAUCCAAAUUAAAGCAUGACAACGGAGAAUUAGAAACAAAUAUUAUUGGACGAAUUGUCUUAAAUGUAUGGAGAAUUAUGCGGCACGAAAUAGCUUUACAAAGCUACACUUUUGAGUCGGUGGUUUAUCAUCUUUUGCAUAGACGCGUGCCGAUGUAUACUUCGAAGGACUUGACUCGGUGGUGGGACCAUCGCAGUAAUCUUUAUAGACAUCGGGUGGUCAGAUAUUAUUUACAGAGAACCGAUACGAUUUUAGAGUUAUUCGAUAAACAGGACUUUCUAAACCGAACCAGCGAACUUGCCAAAUUGUUUGGUAUUCUAUUCUACGAAGUGCUUUCAAGAGGAUCUCAAUUUCGAGUAGAAUCUAUGAUGUUGCGCCUAGCUAAGCCUCUAAACUAUAUUCCAGUAUCUCCGGAUACUCAACAGCGAGCUGGCAUGAAAGCUCCAGAGUACGUGCCUCUAAUUAUGGAACCCAAAUCGGAAUUAUAUACGGAUCCAGUUAUAGUACUGGAUUUUCAAAGCUUGUAUCCUUCUAUAAUCAUAGCUUACAAUUAUUGUUUUACGACGUGCUUGGGAAGAGUCAACAAGCUUGGAUCGAAUUAUCCAUUUGAAUUUGGAGCUACUCAAUUGAAGGUGUCCAAGAACAUUGUCAGGAAACUUUGCAAACGAGACUUGCUGAAUUAUUCCCCAUGCGGCGUGGUGUUCGUUAAACAAAAAGUGAGAGAAGGCAUUUUACCACGCAUGCUGAAAGAGGUUUUGGAUACAAGACUAAUGGUUAAGAAUUCAAUGAAAGAAAAUAAAGGCAACGAUCCUCUACAAAAAGUUCUUCACAAUAGACAAUUAGGUUUGAAACUUAUUGCCAACGUCACCUAUGGAUACACAGCAGCUAAUUUUAGUGGAAGGAUGUGUUGUGUGGAAGUUGGCGACAGUGUUGUUAGCAAAGGCCGGGAGACCUUACAAAGAGCCAUUGCUUUAGUGGAGAGCACUCCCGAAUGGGGUGCUAAAGUGGUAUAUGGAGAUACUGAUUCAAUGUUUGUAUUGGUACCGGGAAGAUCUAAAAAGGAUGCAUUUACAAUUGGUAAAAAAAUUGCUGACGCCGUCACCGCAGAUAAUCCCGAUCCUGUAAAGCUGAAACUGGAAAAAGUCUACCAGCCCUGCAUUUUGCAAACCAAGAAGCGAUAUGUUGGCUACAUGUACGAAACGGUUGAAGUAGUAAAGCCCAUAUACGAAGCAAAAGGAAUAGAAACUGUUCGACGAGAUGGUUGUCCAGCUGUUUCAAAAAUGUUACAAAAGUGUCUAACACUUUUAUUCGAAACCAAGGAUGUCAGUCUCAUAAAGAAUUACGUAUUAAAACAGUUUAACAAAAUCCAAAUUGGAAGAGCCAGCAUUCAAGACCUCACUUUUGCCAAAGAAUAUCGAGGCAGGAGUGGAUAUAAACCUGCCGCUUGUGUACCUGCAUUGGAAUUAGCACGUAAAUGGACCUCAGUCGAUAAGCGAAAUGAACCUAGAAAUGGAGAGAGAGUCCCAUAUGUAAUAGUAAACGGUCCUCCCGGUUUGCCGCUUAUUCGACUUGUGCGAAGCCCGAGAGAUCUACUGAAUGAUAACUCAUUACGACCUAACGCUCUCUAUUAUAUUACCAAAGUAAUCAUUCCCCCUCUUAACCGAUGCCUCAAUUUGAUUGGAGCAGACGUGAAUACUUGGUUUCACAAAAUGCCACGUAAAAAUAAACCCAAUCUUCCAAACUCUUCACCUAUUGUGAAAUCAACUCUCUCACAGUAUUUUAUCUCGAACGUUUGUGUCGGCUGCUCUCAACAGAGUCAGGGUGGCUUAUGCCAAAUGUGUCAGAGUCAACCAAACAUCACAUAUACGAUUUUAGCAGAGAAAUUAAGAAAAUGGGAAGAAAACUAUAAUAACGCUUUGCUGAUCUGUCAGUCUUGUACAAGUAGCGUAGAUCAAAUUGUUUGCGUUUCUCUAGACUGCCCAGUUCUAUAUAGGAGAAAUCAAACAUUCAACGAUCAGCAGCAAUCUGGAUACGUUAGACAAUUAAUGAGUAACAGCAAUAUUUUUUGAACCAACGAACACACUGUAAACUAGACCCGGAUAAUACUGUGUCUUAAGACACUUGUGUGUUGAUGCCGGUCUGUGGGUCUAUGUGCCGCGUCAUCUGGCCUCUUGCGACGCGGCACUUUAAACAACACUUAACAUUUAAUUUCAUUCAAGAUAGCAGCCUUCGGACUGCAGUUCGUGAAGGCCACGCACAGUUAUCAUAUAGUUUCUGACCCUCUCGGCAGGGAUUAUUUUACGUUAUAAAGCCCCACGAACGAAAGUGCUCAAAAUACUUGCUACUUAUUACUGAUUCAUUCUUAUUUAUCUCGGUUCGAUAUGGCUCGCAUAAGGUGCUGAUCGCAGGUACCAAUACCACAUCGGGGAUUUCGAUAUUUCAACAAACCAAAAAGGCAAAUUCCUGCCUUUUGAACACUACCAGAUUGCAUGCAUCAGUCGGCGAAGAAGGCCAAAAAACUAACUUAAAGAUUUUGUCAUCCCUUGCAUACAUAAAGGAACAAAGGUCAUUCGGUCUUAAUUUAUGGCUGACCCAGCAGCUUCGAAACCAAUCAGAUACUUGUGAGGCAAAUAGGCUUUACAAGAAGGAAACAUGUUGACACUUCAUUCAUUCCUUUCAUUAAAACAACGCAUCCGGCGUCUCUCAUAGUCUCUUCAUCUUCAGUAAAACCAAAGAAGAAAACAUUGAACGCGCUGCACCCCAGCACCCACACGCGUCGCAGUCUUUUGCUGGGGUUUAAUAGUAAAAAUUACACAAGUUAUAAUGCGUAAUAUAGUUAUAUGACCACUUACGCAGACCACUAUGUGUUUCAAUCCAUAACUGUCGAUGCAGCAUUUAAUUAUUAUAUAAGCUGCGCAUUCGACAUGUAGAAAUUAGUCCUAAGUUAGCAGUUAAGGCAGUUAGUUCGUUGUUGAAAAAUCUAUUUUUGUAAAAAUAAACGUUUUUUUAAAA